AUGGCCGUCGACAAGUUGCCAUUACUGGCCAAGUUCGAGCCUGUGAGCCUGGUUGGCUUGGUCCUUCUGUCAGGCCUAUUUUUCUUAUUGACAGCAUCGCGCAAAUCCGACCUUCCUCUUGUCAACGGAAAGCGACCAUUUGAAUUUGGAAUUGCUAAAGCUCGUCAGCGAUAUCUGAAGAACGCCCAUAACCUAAUUACUGCUGGUCUGGCCAAGGCCGGUGCAUUUAGGAUCGUGACGGAAAAUGGCACUAGAACUAUCUUGUCGCCUAACUAUGCCGAUGAUAUUCGGAGUCAUCGUGAUCUGAGCUUGAGUGCUGCUUUGGUUAAGGAGCAUCAUGUCAAUAUCGCAGGCUUCGACGCAGUCAAGGUCACUGUGACAUCUGAUAUCAUUCAAGACACUGUCCGAACCAAGCUCACUCAAAAUCUCUUAGUGAACAUUACCGAGCCCAUGUCAGAGGAAGCUACUAUUUUGUUGAAAGAACAGUGGACGGACAAUACCGAGUGGCACGAUGUUGCGCUCCGACCCAAGACUCUCGGCAUAGUUGCCCAGCUAUCCUCCCGAGUAUUCUUGGGCGACAAAGUUUGCCGUAACCCAGACUGGCUCCGUAUCACCGUUAACUACACCAUCGACUCUUUGAUGGCAGCUGCCGAACUCCGGCUCUGGCCUGAAAUGCUGCGCCCACUUGCGGCCAGAUUCUUGCCCAAAUGCAAGAAGAUCCGGAAGCAGCUUGAGGAGGCUCGGGACAUCAUCCAACCUGUUAUCGACGAGCGCCGACUGGCCCAGCAGGAGGCAAUCAAGCAGGGGAAGCCCCAGGAGCGCUAUCAUGAUGCGAUCCAGUGGCUUGCAGAGAACACCAAGGAUCGCAGCUUUGAACCUGCUGCAAUGCAAUUGGCCCUCUCUACUGCGGCCAUUCACACAACGACUGAUCUGCUUAGCCAGACUGUCCUUGAUCUCUGCGGUCGAGACGAACUUAUCCAAGAACUGCGAGAAGAGAUCAUUUCUGUGUUCAAGGAUGGGUCUUGGGAUAAGAGCACAAUGUACAAGCUCAAACUGAUGGACAGUGUGAUCAAGGAGUCUCAGCGAGUCAAGCCUAUGGCGAUCGCCAAAAUGGCACGUUGCGCCGAGGAGGAUGUCAAGCUUUCCGAUGGAACUAUUAUUCCGAAGGGUGAGAUCAUUCUUGUUUCCUGCAGUAAAAUGUGGGACGAGAAUGUGUACCCCGACCCCAACACUUUUGAUCCUCAUCGAUUCCUCAAGAUGCGCCAACGGGGCUCAGACCAAGAGAGCUUCGCUCAACUGCAUAUGGGAUUCGGGUUUGGAAAGCAUGCUUGCCCUGGACGAUUCUUCGCUGCUGCAGAGCUCAAGGUUGCUCUAUGUCACAUCAUCAUGAAGUACGACUUCAAGGUGGCAGACGGAUGUAAUCCACAGGUGCUGAAGUCCGGAAUGCGACUUGCGGCAGACCCAUUUGCCAAAAUUGCUAUUAGAAGACGGCAGGAGGAGAUCACUUUCUGA